UACGUAAUUCUUCAAGGUAUUUCGGCAUAUUGGUCGACAAUUAUAAUAAAACCAUCCUGUAUAUCCCUCAAUCAUCUGCCUCGUCAUGUAUACUCCACGAUGAAGGGAUGAGCGGAUUGCGCUUCUUUCUCUUUUCAAUGAAUAAAAUACCAAGUCCGACCCAUAAUACAGAGAAGCUCCUUCGCACGACGUAAUAGCAUUCUAUCAUCGAGUCGCCAAACUAAGAUAUUUGUGCUUAUCACAGAUCGUCAAUCAUGACUACACCUGAAGUAUCGCACGGCCGCGGUGGCGCCGGCAACAUCAACCCAGAUGAUACCAAAUACGUCGACGGCGAGAUCGUGCGACAAGGAGAAGAAGGCAGCCACGGUGACGGCGCAUUCAGUACAGGACGAGGAGGAGCAGCAAACAUCGCCGACGCCGCCCAUCCACCCUCCACAAUAGGACGCCUAGACCGCGAAAUCGUACCCGAAGAAGCGACGCGCCCCUCGACCGACAACGAAAGCUUCCACGUCGGCCGAGGCGGAGCUGCCAACGUCCACUUGUCUGCGCAGGACCGCGAAGAAAAGCAGCAGAAGAAGGCUGAAAAACAUGAUAAGCAUACUAGUACCAAAGUCGUGGAUAGCCCGUCUGCCCCGGGAGCUGCACCGACGCAGGGACUCGCGGAUAAGUUGAAGCACAAGAUCUUUGGGGUGUUUAAGAAGUGAGGGUUGAUGAGAUGAGAUGGAGUGAGGGUGUGAAGAAAGGGUGGUGGAAGGAUUACGGCUCACAGGCGUGCGCGCGAAGGGAGUUGGUGGAGAGAAUACGCGAGGUUAAUUUCUGCUUUCGAUGAUGGGGAUGAGGAUGGUAACGAAGGGACGGGAGAAGAUGCGUCUCUUCGAAUUCGGCUUAUAUCCCAGCUAGCAACUUAACGCUGCUUGUCUUGAUUUUUCGAUUUCAAUUAAACUUGCAAUAUGAUAUCCUUCUAUUUACUGAGAUAUUUUUUCCGAUUCUCAUCCAAGACAGCACCAAGGUCGCGCACAUCAGGUCUACUGCAAAUUUGAUUAGACUCAUUAAGAUGCAUUUUAGCCAUGGCGGAGAUUUCGCUUCACAUUCGUCAAGUAUAUA